UCUGAAAAUUUAUAAAAUUUGCGUUCGACUGUUCACUGUAAUUCUUUAUCAAGCUAUAAUUUGGUUAUUAUCAUUUAAUUUUGCUUCAUAAAAUCCAUCCCGGUGCAACAAAUUUUUGUAUCAUAAAUCUUAUAAUUAUUUGAAGAAUCAUUACCAUGGCGGCAACUCAACAGCAAUCCGACGUAGACGAAUUAUUCGAUGUUAAAAAUUCGUACUACAUAGGAAAUUAUCAGCAAUGCAUUAAUGAAGCCCAACGAGUAAAAAUUACCUCGCCGGAAAUGAAAUUAGAACGAGAUGUGUUUCUCUAUAACGCCUAUAUAGCUCAGAAGAAAUAUCGGAUUGUGAUUGAUGAAAUUUCUGAAAAAUCUGCCGUCGAAUUACGAGCUAUCAAGUCGCUCGCAGAAUUUUUCGCCAAUCCGAAUAAAAGAGAUUCAAUUUUGCAGUCGUAUACUGAGAAAUUCGGAAAGUACGAAAAUGAAAACCAUUACAUCGUAAUUGUUGGAGCAACUAUGUAUUUGAACGACGGACAAGUUGAGAAAGCUUUGCAAGUCUUGUAUCCUGAUGACCAUCUGGAAUCAUUAUCACUUACGUUACAAGCUUAUUUGUCUAUGUCGAGAUUGGAUUUAGCUCGUAAAGCGUUGAAAAAAAUGCAGGACAAAGAUGAAGAUUCUACUUUAACACAAAUGGCGCAAGCAUGGGUCAAUAUUGCUUUGGGUAAAGAAAAAUUGCAAGAUGCCUACUACAUUUUCCAAGAAAUUAUCGAUAAAUACGGUAGCUCAGUUAACUUAUUGAAUAGUCAGUCGGUAUGUUUCAUCGGCCAGGGAAAAUACGAAGAAGCUGAUUCUGCAUUGCAAGAAGCAAUGGAUAAAGACAGUAAUAAUCCGAGUACAUUGGUUAAUUCGAUUGUAUUAUCUAAUCACUUGAAUAAACCUUCGGAACUGGCUAGUAGAUAUUUAACCCAGAUGAAAGAAAGCCAUGGAGAUUCUCGUUUUGUGAAGGAUUACAUCAACAAGGAGAACGAAUUCGACAGGUUAUGCAAAGAAUACGAAAUACCAGCUUAGUUUUCAAAUUCUGAGAUAUUUAAUUUCCGUUUUGUAAUCCACUUUAUUGUUAUUUUUGUAAAUAAAUAAGUUUUAUGAAUUCUU